AUGGAGAAAGGUUUCAAUGGCCAUUUUGAUGAUGAUGGCAGAAUCAGAAGAACAGGGACGUUGAUGAGUGCAAGUGCGCAUAUUAUAACAACGGUGGUAGGAUCGGGAGUGUUGUCUUUGUCAUGGUGUUUCGCUCAGUUGGGUUGGAUUACUGGGAUCGUUUUACUUGUCGCGUUUGCAAUCAUCACUUGGUUUACAUGCCUAUUGCUUGCAGACUGCUACAGGUCACCGGAUCCCGUUACCGGCACUAGAAACUAUAAUUACAUGCAAGCCGUCAAGGCUAAUCUUGGAGGGGUUAGUUACAGAUUCUGUGGAUUAUCUCAAUACGGUACUCAAGUUGGUGGGACCAUCGGGUACACCAUCACUUCGGCCAUCAGCAUGGCGGCGAUUAAAAGGUCGAACUGUUUUCAUAAGCACGGCCACGACACGGGUUGUCACACGUUGAACAAUUCCUACCUGUUGAUGUUUGGAGCUAUGGAGAUUGUUUUGAGCCAAAUCCCCAACUUUCACAAGCUCUCGCUCAUUUCCAUCGUUGCGACCAUCAUGUCUUUCAGUUAUUCGAGCAUCGGCAUAGCUCUUUCAAUCGCCAAAAUUGCAGGAGGUGCACACUCCAAAACAAGCCUAACUGGAAUACCAGUUGGCCAAAACAUGACAAGCAUGGACAAAAUGUGGAACUCCUUCUCUGCCAUUGGAGAUGUUGCUUUUGCUUAUGCUUUCAGUCUAGUCCUCCUUGAAAUACAGGAUACAUUGAAAUCAAGUCCUCCUGAGAACAAAGUAAUGAAAAGGGCUUCCACAAUUGGAAUUGCAACAUCCACUGUGUUGUACAUGCUAUGUGGGGCACUCGGAUACGCGGCAUUCGGCAACGAUGCUUCUGGGAAUUACUUGACAGGGUUCGGUUUCUAUGAACCAUUUUGGCUCGUCGAUAUUGGUAACUUGUGUGUCGUUGUUCAUCUUCUCGGAGCAUAUCAGGUAAUUAUCCAACCAUUUUUCGCGUUUGUGGAGAGUUGGAGUCAUAGCAAGUGGCCCGAAAGCAGAUUCAUCACGAAGGAAUAUAAUUUCAUAGGAAUCUACAGGAUCAAUCUGUUCAGGUUGAGCUGGAGGACGGUUUACGUGAUACUAGCCACAUUAGUGGCGAUGAUCUUCCCAUUCUUCAACAGUUUUCUCGGACUUAUCGGUGCUGGAACUUACUGGCCGAUGACGGUUUAUUUCCCGAUAGAAAUGCAUAUUUCGAAAGCAAAGAUUGAAAGAAAUUCUUUCACCUGGAUUUGGUUGAAGAUACUGAGCUUCACAUGCUUGAUUGUAGCAGUUCUAGCUGCAGCUGGAUCUAUUCGAGGUCUCGUUGUAUCUGUUUCGACCUUCAAACUCUUCCAUUCGGUUUCUUAA